AUGAACCACAUAACAGCCUACCACCCACAGGCCAACGGAUUAGUGGAGAGAUUUCACCGUCGCCUGAAGGAAUCACUGACAACCAGGUUUAACUGGCCAAACUGGAUCGACCAACUCCCAUGGGUAAUGCUGGGAAUCCGCACUGCCCCAAAAGAAAAUCUCUACACUUCCUCCGCGGAAAUGGCGUACGGUGCUCCCUUUACAGUGCCAGGAGAGUUCCUUCCGAAUACGAAUUCAGACCCGGAUGUCAAAAGGUACCUCGCUCAACUAAGACAGCGUGGCCAGUUGCGCCCUGUUCCCAUGUCGUCACACGGUACACCCAGAGAAUCCGUAUCAAAUGACCUCUGCACGGCUAACUUUGUGUUCGUUCGACGUGACACACGACGAAGACCCCUCCAGUCACCCUACGACGGUCCAUAUCAAGUUAUACACCCGGGAGAUAAAACAUUCCAACUCCUAAUUGGUGGACAAGACACAGUCUCCGUCGAUAGAUUGAAACCAGCCCAUCUUGAUAUUGAUAGCCCGUCCAGGUGGCCCAACCACCAAACAGGGCCGUCCUAG